AUGACCCGCACUGAGGCCAAGAGCUUCUGUGAGGCCAAAGAUAAAGACAGCACUCUGCUGCAUAUCCUGGAUGUGUACGAGCAGGCUCACUUCACCGCGCGCAUGGGCAGCUACUCCGGUCACUGGUGGAUCGGCCUGAGAGCGAAGGGGGAAACAGCUGGAGUGGAUUAUUACUGGGACAGUGGAAAUCUGAUGAUCUACUCUCACUGGGGCCGUGACCAGCCCAAUAGCCAUGCUGGGCCCUGCGUCACCAUGACAACCUCAUCUACCCCAGGGUUCUGGGGUAACAGGAACUGUGAGGAGUCUCACUCUUUCAUCUGUGAAAUUCCUAGAGAUGGUAUCUCUCCGCCCACUAAGGCCCCAACUCCGCCCCCUGUGACAGGAUGUGCUGCAGGCUGGACCGGACAGGCUCACUUUAGAUUCUGUUACAGGCUCUUCACAGUGGACUAUGCGUAUAAGAAGAGCUGGCAGGGGGCACGUGAGGACUGCGUUGAGCGCGGCGCUGACCUGGUCAGCAUCCACACAGCCAUGGAGGAGAUAUUCAUAGCCGAGUACACCAAGGGCAAGACACAGUGGAUCGGCCUCAGCAAAAACCCACUGGAGGGAGAUUAUUCCUGGAGUGAUGGUUCUUCGCUCAGUCACAGUAACUGGGGUCCUGGAGAGCCGAAUGACCACAGCGGCCGGGAGAACUGUGUGGAGAUGGUCACCACUCAGAACGGCACGUCCUUCUGGAAUGACAUCAACUGUGAAGCCCAUCAGGACUGGGUCUGCAUGAUCACCAAGGGCGUGACCCCCAUCGAGCCCCCAGCGCCCCCUUCAGCUGUGCCAGCUCCGGACUGUGGGAGUAACCCUGGCUGGAGGAAGCACAACGGCAUCUGUUAUUACUACAACGACACCGACGUGGUGGACUUCUACACAGCACUGAGCAGGUGCUACACUGAAAAGGCUCUGCUGGCCUCCAUCCUGGACCAGGAGGAGCAGACCUACAUCAUCUCUAUGGUGGGAACAGGUCAGGUGGCGGCUGCGUGGAUCGGGAUGCGGAUGGUGGGGGUAGCGGGAGGGGAGUAUCUGUGGGUGGAUCUGUCUCCUGUGACGUACGUUCACUGGGCGCCAGGAGAGCCUAACAACGCCAACGGGGAGGAGCAGUGCGUCCAGAUGAACAGAUAUCCAGGCACAUGGAACGACGCUAACUGCGGCCGAGCCAACGCGGGCUACGUGUGUAAGAAACUGCCCGGAGACCACCACACUCCUCCCCCACCGACCCCCGCCUGGGAAGGAAACUGCCCCGAGGGAUGGAUGCGCUUCCAUAACAAGUGCUACUUGUUUAAAGGGAGUCACCACCACAACCAGGUGAAGGCCAACUGGACUUACGCUCGAGAGUGGUGCCGCGCCCAGAACGCUCACCUCGCCGUCAUCGAUGACCACAACGAGAAUGGCAAGUGUCCCCAGCUUGCCUGA